AUGAUUUCCGUUAUAUUGAACUUGAAAUGGAUCAAUGGAGGUUCGACAACAGAAAUUCCCGAAUUUUCAGAGGAUAUGAAUGGAAAUUUCACAUACGAUGAGCAUUUUGAAGCAGAGUUCUAUGGAAAUUUGAUUCAAUGUGUUAUCUACUUCCAUAUCCUGCCCAUAAUCAGUACUUGUAUGAUUGGUUUAACAGUUCACAACUUCUUUAAAAGAAGAACCCAAAUGAAAAUGGACGACCAUUGUUAUCGAGUCCAUUCCAAUGGGGUCUGUGACUAUUGUGAAAGUAUCGAAUUCAAUGAAAAACGAAAUUUGAAUAAAUAUUAUAAUGGACAAAAGAAAGGAUUCAGUUUUAAAUUAAAGAGCAAGAUUUCCGCUCCAAGUGCUCCGAAACAAUACGGUUGGGUAGAUGAAAUAGAAAAGGAAAACGACGGAAAAGGAUCUGAAAAUCUGAAUAAAGAUGGGAAAGUGAUUGAGAAACUGAAGAAGAAAAAAGAAAGGACUCAAACGGCGUUAUCCAUCGAUACAACUGCAGAGGAAACGGAAACAAUUGAUGAUCGAGAGGAUGAUUCGAAGGCUGUGAGUCGAGGAACCAUUCAUUUUAAAACUCAAUUCAUCACUGACGGAGAUAUUAUGAUAGAGGAAACAGAUGAAAAACCAGUGAAACUUAAAAAAGUGACAUUUGAUGAAAAUCCGAUAGAGUUCUAUGAAAUUGGAUUGGAGCAACGGUCUGGUGACAGGAUUAUUCGUAUUGCUGAUGUUGGAAAUGGUCUUAACACUGGCCACGAUUAUUAUCUUCUGCUGUUUUGA